GUUUCCAUAGAAAUAGUUAAUAUAUAUAUUUAUUGACCGAUCAACUGCAUAGUGUUUUUUAACGGUUAUGUUCUGUUGAGAUUGACUUUACUGUUUACUGCAAAUUAGCUUAAUGUUUGGGGUCCAAGAGACCCCAAUGAUUUAUGUGUAAAAUAGUCAUAAUACUUUCAUAAUUUACCUGUUAAUUCCCCUUCACAAUUCAUAUAAUGUUCCUCAGACCUAAUCAAAGCCCAUUAAACAGUUGUUUUUUUAAUCUUAAACUCUCUUUUUGUAUCAUACAGUAGACAAGCUCUUUUUCAGAAAUGUGACUGUCAUUUCAAUCUAUAGUAACGGUACAUCUGUCUAGGGUCAAAUUGACCUCAGCUAUGGUAGGAAAAUACUAUAAAACAAAAACAAAAUAGACAACCGUCAGGACUGUGAAGUUGAACUGCCAGUGUGUACACCAUUCAGAACAUCUUAACACGUAAAAAUGCAUUGCAUUUAGUCAUGUGUUUUGUCUAAGGCUUCUGAGACUCCAUGCAGGCAUAAUGUUUCAUAGAGCAGGAUGUGUGAUCAUUAAUGUUAUCAAGUAAAAUUUUGUUUAUAACCAUCAGGGCUGUUUCUGAGCAUAUCGGGGCCCUCAGCGAAAUCUUACUUAGAGGAUUUAUUCUUAGCGGGGCCCCCUGGUGAUUGGGGGGUUAUACCGCUUCUAGUUAGAAAUGGCCCUGAUAACCACUUCUCAUAAGAUUACGAAAAGUUAUGAAGUAUCAUCUUGAUUCUAAAAUGUUAAGUAUCUGUAUAUCUAUCUAUCUCUCUCUCUCUCUCUCUCUCUAUAUAUAUAUAAGCAAUAUCACACGAGCAAGAGUGCGAUAUGGCCCUACAUCAGCACUGAUAGUGCUGAUGUAGGGCCAUAUAGCACGAUUGCGAGUGUGAUAUUUCUUAUAUACAACAGUUCAAUGAAUAAGCAAAUGUUAAAAAUUUGGAAAAACUGAGUAUAAAACGCAUUUGUGCACGGAACUACUUUCUUAUGCGACGGAUCAGAGUUUUCCAUUGCUGGUUCAAACAAAUGAUGUGUCCAAGCCUUAGUUAGUAAUUAAAAAAUGUUACUUCAGAAAUAGUGUCAUGGCUUGUGCUGUUUUAUUGGAUAAACAAGGAUGUGUGUGUGUGUGUGUGUGUGUGUGUGUGUGUAUGAGAGAGAGAGAGAGAGAGAUGAAGCAUGUGCGAUCACCUGUUGCCACUCCCAAGCAGAGAUGCUGUCAGCUUUCUGAAGAUCAGCUUUCUCAGUGGAAAAAUAGCCGUCCAAGCGGGAUUAUUCCUCCCUAUUUCACGGUAGCCGACGCACAAUGAUGAGUUCCAAUAUUCAUGAUGAGCCCUCUUCAGAUGUGGACCCUGUUGCAAUGAGUAACAGCCAGCCUGAUCCAUCAUCAGCUUCUGAUGGAGUGACACCCACACGUUUAUUAAAAAUGAAAGAAAUAAUGGAAAACCAGUGCUUUGAGAUGAAUGUUAAAGUCAGUAUGGGAAAACACAAAGAUUUAUGUGAAGCUGAUGCAGAUCUAUCCAAAUAUGAAAGUGAAAUAGAGCAGGCAAGGCUCUCACAUUUCAGCAAAACCCUGGUAUUGAUCAGAAUGCAAAUUUGGAAUACUAUCACAGAGAAGAUCAUUCAGAAUGAUGCAGAUGCUGAGCCAUUGAAGGCACUAACCAACCAGAACACAGAGCUUUGUGAAAAGACCAUGGCAAUUUUAAAGGAAACACGAGAUCUUCAGGAUCAGAUCACAGAUUUUCAAAAGGAAAGACUAGAUUUAAAAGGACAGAUAAAGAAGAAAAUGCAAGAGAUAAAUGAGUUGAAACAGGUGAAGGAAGAUCAGGGAGAGGUUCAGCAGAGGGCUAAGGAAAGAGCUGAAGCAGUCCUACAGAAAUAUCAGAAGGUCACAGCCAUUUUACAAAAUGUUCUCCGGGGAAUCAUACUUGCCAGUAAAGUGAACUGGAGAGAUGACCCUAAAUUAAGAGACAUUACAAUGGGACUGGAGCACAUACCCAACUGAAGAGGACCUAUUCAAACACCAUUCUCCCACCACUGUAAAUACUGUUUAUAAAAUGCAUAGUUACUUUUAAACGAAAUCCCAGUGUUACAGGAAAACAACCUCAAUGUGAAUGUGCAUGGGAGCAGCAAAAAACAUUUUCUGUAAAUUUAUGCAAAAUUGUAAUGAUUCCUUUUAGUGACUGAUAUGGAAAGGAUCUUUCAACAUGCUUGCUGUAUAUUUAAGCUUUUUACACCAGCUCAUUUAAGUCUAAUAGAAUGUUUAAAGAAUCAUACGGAAAGUGUGAUGGACAGUGGUAUUAGACUUAAUGAACUCAAUUUGCAAAUGAAUUAUUAUUUUUAUUUUUUUGUAAAGUUCAUACCGACUAAUGAACUGACAGUUUAGAGUGCCAUUUCUCAUGUGUAUCUAAUAACUUUCUCACCCUAAAGUGACACUAAUUAGAUAACAUGCUGAUUGGACAGGCUUUAAUUUACAAAGCAUUUUAAUUCCCAAUCACUUAAAGUGAAAGAUUUCAUAUAGACAUAAACAUACCGACAUGAUUUAAUGAACAAAGUUCAAAAACAGAAAUCUAAUAGAAAAUUCAAAUACAUCCACAUAUCAUAUUUUCACCACCUGUCCUGCUAUACAUGGGCUCACUCUCUUCCCUGCCACCAGCACAGGAUUUGGCUGAAUGAGCAAACGUCCAUAAGUCCCACCCACCUGUCCUUUAGUGAGAUGUCCAGGAUUAACACACACACAGCCGAUCACAUCCUGAAAUGUGACAUUAUUUAAUGAGCACAAAUGACAGAUGUUUAGUUAGAAGGGACAUUUCUAAGAUGUGAUCAUUUACCUUGAUGAAAUAACGAAGUUCAGAAGGAACAAUAAGGAUAUCAGGUGUGAUGGCCAUUUGGCCAAAUUGUUGAAAGUUCUCAUAAUCCAUGUUAACUUCCUCCGCAGGAGGAUAUAGCGGAUAGUAAGCUAAAAGAACAUAAAAUGGAAACUUUGAGGAAUAUGUACAUCUCACAAGCAGCAGAGAAGUGUAGAGACAAGUACUACUACUACUAAUGUCUGACAUUGUUUUCAUUUUUAAAAUCAGGUAGUUUUCUACUAACCUUCUCUGGGUCAACAUUUCAUGAUCCGUGAGAAACGUUCAGUGCCUGUGCUGCUGUAAAACCACAGUAAAACUCAAUCAGUGCU